AUGAAGAGAAUGGCUCUUCCCUCUCUUCAAAUCUCAACCAUGCCUGAGCUUCUCCCUCAAGGCACACUCCCACUGCCUCCAGCUUCUCCAACUCAGACAACUUUGGUAACCGCAAAGUAUCUCUCAGCACGAAAGACCCAUGCGUCUAGGUCUUCUCCAGUAAAGGUAGGAAGAUCAAGCUUCCUUGGCUGCAUAUCCUUCUCCACAAUUCUCUCUACUAAAGCUGAAACCUCAGACAGGGAAGGUGGGUAUGAGAGCAUUUAUAAAGGUUUUCCUUCGUCACCUCCAGUUUCCAUAAAGAUGCUGAAUCCAGAUAGCAUACAAGGGCCUGCGGAGUUUAAACAGGAGGAUGGUAAAAACUAUGUACUUAAGAAAAUUAUGAAGCAAAGUGUUUAUAUUAUGAUUUACACUGCCACAUCUGCUGCUUUUAUUCAGGUUGAUGUAUUGAGUAAGCUGAGACAUCCAGACGUGGUCACUCUCGUUAGAGCCUGUUCAGAAGAAGUCAUGCAAGAUCCUCGGGUUGCAGCAGAUGUAUUUACCUACGAAGCAGCUGGAUUUACCUGCGAAGUCAUUCAAGAUCCUCAGGUUGCUAAUCGCCUCUCUUCAGGCGUAUUGGGCCUAGCUGAUAUUUACAGCCUUUUUAACCUUUCCUACACCUUGAAAAAGAAAAUUAAAGGGCAAUUUUCUGAAAUACCCAUAAAAGAAACCCCUAAAACAUUCCUUAGCAUCCACGCUUUCCAUUCCCUUACUCAGAGUUUCCCAGAACUCGAACGCCCAAUGUCUUGGCGCGGCCGUGGCCGUGGCCGUGGUUACGGUGGGCGCUUUCAUCCAGGCAGGGUACCCCAGAACCAAAAGCCCUUCAUUCUUUAUCCUGAUGAUAAUAUCGUCUUACCAGAGCUGCCAGACAUUCUUUUUGAAAAAGAUAUCAAGAAACAAGAAUUAGUGCAACAAAAAUUUCUGGUUAGCAAAGAUGUCAAAUUGACAGAAUUUUGGAAAAAUUCUCCAUAUUAUCUACAAGAAAACUCAGGAGAUAUUGCCAUCGAAAAGGCAUUCCAAAACGAAAGGUUUUCUGAUAGGUUUCGAUUAAAAUCAUCUAAUAAACGUCCGCUAUCAGAUUACCUGGAGCUCAAGAAAGGUAAUUUUCCUCGAGAUUUGCUUGUAGGGAUGAAAAGGAGAGGUCAAAAAAAGGUUAAGUGGGAUUUUAAGAGGGAGGAUAGAAUGUUUAAGGAUUGGGAGAAAAGCGAAGCGAACAGAGGAGAUUUUGAAGAGAAUGAUAGCGAAGACGAGGAGGAGGAGGAGGAGGAGGAGGAGAAGGGAGAGGAAGGAAGUGAAGAAGAAGAUGACGAAUACGAUAGUGACGGGGAUAAAUCGCCGUUGUCAUCCGAUGGUGACUAUGGUCGUGGGGAGGGUUUCGAUGAUGAUGAGGAUGAUUUCAACCCCCUACUGAUGAUGAUCUUGGUGACGAGGGACCUAUCUAUUAAUUUUCCAAAUUUCUGA